AUGAGUAUGUGCUCGCGCAUCCGUUUCAUAGCCACAGAUUGGCUGUAUGCCUCGGUAAUUGCCAUUCUAGUCAGUUUGAUUCGUGCUAAUCCUGAAGUUGCUGGCGAAGUGCUUUCCUGCUUGCUCCAGGUGCUACCCGCCGUCCAAUCUCCAUGUCUGACUAAGGAUGUCACUUCUGCCCCUGUAUCUUUUAUUGUACCUCCAUUUUCCCCAGACUCAACUCGAUCUUGCCUUCAACAGACAAAACCAUCCUAUACUUCACGAACUCCUGGUCAGAGUUCAUCACCCCACACAGCUGACGGGCCUUCUUAG